AUGUCUGUCUCCAUUGAAACCACUUCCAUCCCUGUGGUGCCUGUCAAACAGGAGGCAGCACUAUCUGUGGCCGGCGGCAACAGACUUCCCGAGUUCAGCCUGGCUGGAAAGGUCGUUUGUGUUUCUGGCGCUGCUCGUGGUCUUGGUUUGACCCAGGCAGAGGCCCUGCUUGAAGCUGGUGCCCGCGUCUACGCUCUGGACCGUCUUGAGGAGCCCUCGCCUGAAUUCUACGACAUCCAGAAGCGUGCCAAGGAAGAACUGGGCACUGAUUUCCAUUACCGCCGCAUCGAUGUUCGUGACACAGAACUUCUGCACAACACCAUCGAAGCGAUUGCCAACACCGAGGGUCGUAUGGACGGCCUAGUUGCUGCUGCCGGAAUCCAGCAGGAGACCCCGGCCCUGGAUUAUACAUCACAGGAUGCGAACAGAAUGUUUGAAGUCAAUGUUACUGGUGUUAUGAUGACCGCCCAAGCAGUUGCCAAACAGAUGAUUCGCUUUGGAAACGGAGGAAGCAUUGCACUAAUUGCCAGCAUGAGCGGUACUAUUGCCAAUCGGGGCCUCAUCUGCUCUGCUUACAACGCCAGCAAAGCUGCCGUUAUCCAACUCGCCCGCAACCUCGCGUCCGAGUGGGGCCAGUACAAUAUCCGGGUCAACACUAUCUCUCCCGGCUAUAUUGUCACUGCCAUGGUCGAGCAGCUCUUUUUGCAGUACCCUGAACGCCGCGAUGAGUGGCCCAAGCACAACAUGCUCGGACGCCUGUCCUCCCCUCAGGAGUACCGGGGGGCCGCUGUCUUCCUCCUCAGUGACGCUAGCAGUUUCAUGACAGGAAGCGACCUGCGCAUGGACGGUGGCCAUGCCGCUUGGUAG